AUGUACGGUUCAAUCAGGAUUAACAUUUCGGAUCACAACACUCUAUUUCAUCUGAUCAUUAGAUCAUCUGGUCAUUUACCCAAGCAGACGCUUGGUCGAAGUUUCCUCAACAAAACUUCUGGGAGGAUUACAUUCAGGACUGCUCUCGAAGGAUAUUUGAGAGUCAAACGGCUCACUAUUCUGACUCUAAUGCUAGCAACAAUUCGCUAUGAGUUGGACCAGCAUUAUUCCUUUGACUUCGUUGAGGGAAAUGUUGACUUCCCUCUAGCCUCAGGGACGUCUCUAACUAUCAAUACAAUCUUCUCAUUUUAUGAUUCAAGUGAUCAAUACUUCGCAUACUUCUCGCCUACAUCCCACGAGUCUGUUGAAUCUGCGCUUGCCAAUCUUUCAAAAUUCCUUGACCUCGAAGGUCCCUAUGACGGAGUAUUGGCAUUUUCUCAUGGUGCUUCAUUCAUCUCGACCUAUAUAAUUCAACAGCUCUUGGCUCACCCUACUGCCCCAUUACCGUUCAAAUGUGCGGUGUUCUUUUCAGCAACAAGUCCGAUUGAUCCUCGAGUCCUGGACAUGCACCAGGAAGUUAAAGCUUUGAGAGGCUCAGAGAAUGAUUUACGUUUGAUCAAUAUACCCACGGCACACAUCUGGGAUACCGAUGAUAGUGUAUCUCUUGGUGCAAGCCAAGAGCUAUGGAAUUUGUGCGAGGAUGACAAGCGGUGGAGAUUCUUGCAUGGUGAAGGGCAUGAGAUUCCAAACUCGCGGGACCGAGAAGCCGUUUUUGAAAUUACCAAAGUUAUACGGAGAGCUGUAGAGAUGGGUCUUUCCGCCGGAUAA